UGCGUAGGAGGCUUCUCUCUUCUUCUGCACUCACCCAAACCCAGUUCGAUUUCUAUCUCAAACCCUCUUUUUUUCUCAAGGAUUUGUUCCUUUGAAGCUAAACCCAUAUCAUUUUCAACUUUCUCAAAGCCCUAAUGUUCCAUAUCUUCACUGGGUUUUGGAUGGAAGAUUUGUAUGCAGCAUUUACUUGAGGAGUAUGGUGGAUAGAACAGAUGCAGAGAUGAUAUCAGGCCUGGUUACUUAUUUGGAGGGAAUAAGGCAUUGUGGUCCUGUUAUCUGUGAACUCUGUUGAAUUGCGGGUGUUAGUUUUUUUUGAAGAUACAGGAAGGAAAAUGUAUGGGAGAACGGGUCUUGAUAGAUUUAAGAAAGCUCAAUCUUUGGAGCCAUUUUCAGUUACUGUAAAUUCCAAAACUAGCCAACCUGCUGCUCCAACAGCAGUUGCUCAUCCCUCUGUUGGAUAUUCACACUCGCAACAUCAGAAAUCCCAGUAUCAGCCCCAGAACAAUGUGGCUCUGAAACCCAUAGGAGCUGAUGUGGCACCAUCAGCAGUGCCGGCUCAGCAAGUGACUCAGCUGGGAGGGGGCCAAUCUACUUGGCUGCCUCCCGACUGGGCCAUUGAGCCUCGACCAGGGGUGUAUUAUCUUGAGGUUUUGAAGGAUGGUGAGGUCCUUGAUCGGAUUAAUCUUGACAAGCGGAGGAAUAUAUUUGGGAGGCAGUUUGCUAGUUGUGAUUUUGUGCUUGAUCAUCAGUCUGUUUCACGACAGCAUGCUGCUGUCAUUCCUCACAAGAAUGGAAGCAUAUAUGUAAUUGAUUUGGGUUCUGCACAUGGAACAUUUGUUGCCAAUGAGCGGUUGACCAAAGAAACACCUGUUGAGCUUGAGGUGGGACAAUCUCUGCGGUUUGCUGCGUCCACAAGGAGUUAUAUAUUGAGAAAGAAUAAUGAAGCUCUUUUCCCUCCACCUCCAUUACCCUCAGAAGUUAAUCUACCGCCACCCCCUGAUCCUUCUGAUGAAGAAGCUGUUUUGGCUUAUAACACAACUCUAAAUCGUUAUGGUUUGAGCAAAUCAGAUUUACUGCCAAAAUCCAUUGAGUCAAGUUGCUCAUCAGGUGGAAAAGAUGACAUCUCUCAGUCAGAGAGAGCAGCUAAGCGAAUUAAGAAAGCAAGAGUGGCCUUCAGGGAUCAAGUUGGGGGAGAGCUGGUUGAAGUUGUUGGGGUUUCAGAUGGUGUAGAUGUAGAAACUGAACCUGGUCCAGUAGGUGUGAAAGAAGGAAGUCUUGUUGGGAAAUACGAAUCCCUUGUACAGAUCACUGUGAUACCCAAAGGGAAAGAACAGCCGUCUGUGAGGGAAGACAAUGUUUCACAAAAAGGUGUGACUGAUAAACUACAAGAAGUCUUGAACAAGGUGAAAACUGCUCCAAAGAGUGGCAUCUAUGAUGAUCUUUAUGGAGAAUCAUUUUCUGGCAAGUUGGGUUCCUCAUGGGCAUAUUCAUCCUCCAGUUCAGAUGGUAAACAAAUUUCCAAUGACUUUGAAGGCAAGGCUCUUAGUGCAUCAAGUGGGAGAUCUGGUGCUAAUUCAAGCUCUGUUGAUGAUGAUGAUGAUGGUGAUGUUGAUGAUGAUUUAUUUGGCGACUAGUUGAACUAAGCAGCAAAGUUCAUCGGUUUCUUGUAUUAUUCCCCUUUUGUGAGUUUGACAAUAUGAUUGAAAGUUGAAAAGCUUCAUUCUAUGGACUUCAACAGAUAUUGUUUCCGUUGCAAAUGGGAAGAUUUUUGCUGUAUUUCAUCAUCAAUUUUUCUGUCUUUGGGAUUCACUGCAUGAGGGUAUGAACCUCCAAUUCAGUUACAACUUGAGACCAUGGUGUUAGACCUUUGCUCCCUUUGAGGAUAUGGAACUUAAGUGUAUAAUAGUAGUGGCAGUCAUUUAGCUGGUUAGUUUAUUUUUUUAAUGUUGUGAUCUCAUCACCUGUUUCUGCUGCUCUUAAUAACCAGGAAAUUCAGGGUCACUAGCUCCAUAUGCAUAUGUUUUCUUGGGGUUGGAUAACAGCUUUUAAUUUCAAAA